CUGUUUCUAUUCUCUGGAUCAUCAUGAACAAUGCUGUGGUUGAUUUGGAGGGGUUUGGAGGAUAGAAGUGUAUAGCACUAUGUGAAAUCGUCUUGGAAUCACAGAGCCUGUAUCAUCUCGGUUGCGGUUGUGCCAUGGGAACGGGUGGAACACAGAUGGGAACUGAUUGCCAGGAAGGACAGUGAUUUUUUUUUUCUUGUUCAGAACAAAGGGGCUAAACAGCCCGACCAAAUUACCAAGUGGAAAGACAAUCACUAGAGAUUAGCACAGACAAGUCCACAGGGGGAAACGAAAUCCUAUCAAGAUGGCAACAACAGUCUUCGUCCUGUCAUGCAAUAUAGAUUAGAUAUAUACAUAUGUAUACACACACACACACAUAUAUAUAUUGAAGGUGAGAAAAGGGAGAUGGUUAGAAUAGCUCUCAGCAUAACCAGCGUUGGAUGCUUUAUAAGGCAAAGCACUAAAAGAGCUAAUUGCUGCAGAACACCAUUGCAGUUGAGCAUUCCACAAGCAUCGAAAAAGGGCGUUAGUCCCAAUUCAUCACAUCAACCUUGCUCUGAAUGUAUAUAUCAGACCUUUGGUUUUGGCUAAUGGACUGAAACGAGAGCAAACUUGCAAAUACGGGGUCAAGUUUUUUCUAUUCCUUGGAAAAGGGUUAUAGCUUCAGUAAUGGAGUAAAGAAAUUAGAUGUAUGCCGUCAUCAAUGGAAAUAGACCGACCACAGUACUACACCAAUGCAACUCUGCAAGUUGACAUCAAGACCAGUGGACAAGACAAAGUUUUGUGGUGCUCAAAGCAACUCUGCGAUAGUACUUUGAAGUCGAUGACAGUGUAACUAGUAAUCCCCUACUUGCAACAGAUUAAAAAUUUCAGGGAAAAAGAAACAAAGAUUGAACAAACAGCAGCAAAAAUACCCGCCAAAAUCCUGUAUUAGGGUUUUCUUAGUUUCCCAAUUAUAAAAAUGAAGCCUUUACCAUUUAAAUCAUUCCAAGUUUUCUACUUUAUAAAGUCUUAAAUUUCAGAGUUUUCAAACCCAUUUCAAGUCCGAGAACAAAAACAGAGUCUCAAAAAAAUGAGGGGCAGAAAGAAAGCAGCGAUCAAUCCAUCAAGCAGCAGCAAAGGCGGAGGAGGAGUUGUAGGACAUGAACCAACCGCCAAUCCUUGCAACUUCUUUCAACUCCCACGCCGUACAAUCUUUGACAUUUUCUCAAGGCUUCCCAUCAACACCCUUUUCCAUUGCAGGUGCGUUUGCAAGAGAUUCCUCUGUUUCAUUUCUGAUCCUGAAUUUGCAAGGCUCCACCUUUCAAGAUCACCCCUUUGCAUUUUAAUCAAAACCAUGCCACUCCAAAAUGCUUCGAAGAGGCUCCAGUUAGCCCAAGUUGAAGCCGAUGUUGCAAAUUGCCAGGUCAUGAAAAUGAACUUCACUCCCAAAUCAAACGUACCCACUUGCGAUAUUUCUCAUAUGAAUGCAUGCAAUGGCUUGCUUUGUUUAGUUGGAGCUGAAAAAGAUUCUUCCUUUUAUGUUUGUAACCCAAUUUUGGGUGAAUUUAUCACAAUUCAACCACCUUAUAAGGGUAGGCAUAGAGGUACUUUCUGGGGACUUGGUUAUUCAGCUGUGACUAAUCAAUACAAAGUUUUGCAAAGCUAUUAUCCAGCAAUCGAAUCGGCUGAACGUCAUGUAGUGGCUGAGAUAUACACCAUUGGGACUGGUUCAUGGAGAAGCAUUGGAAAUGCACCUACUGACACUGUUGCUUUACCUUUCAAUGCUUUUUUGAAUGGAACUCUUCACUGGUUUCCUUGUACUCCAAAUGGUAGUGAAUUUAUACAUUCUUUUGACUUUGAGACUGAGCAGUUUGGGACACUUCCCCCACCUGAUCAUUUUCGUGAAGAGGAUAAGAAAUUUACAAAUUACGCCAGGAUUGGAGUGCUAGGAGGUUGUCUGUUUAUAAUUUACUUCACAAAUUCGAUACGAUUUGACAUUUGGGUUAUGAAGGAGUAUGGUGUCAAGGAGUCUUGGACCAAACAGUUUGUUAUUGAAAAUUUGUACCCAAAGCAAGGCAGCUGGGACUUCUAUGAACCAAUGGUUGUUUUGAACAAUGGAGAAAUCUUGAUGUUGUACAAUAAUGAUGCAGUAGUUUGUUACAAUCAGAAGAGGAGAAAUCUUCGAGGAACUAAAUUUUUCCGGACUCGCUCACAGUUUGAUGCAAUUGCUUACAUCCCUUGCUUUGUUUCUCUUUACAAUGUUGCAAAAGGAGAGCAAAUUUCAAGGAUCCAAGGCACCAGAGAAUACGAAAAGCUCUGUACAGAAGAAUUCCAAGAUUGUGCUGGCUGUGGAGCACCACUCAUUAACCCUGGCUAUAGUUUUCCAGCUUUUGGUGCUCCCUGUGGAGCUGUAAAUUACCCUGAAGAUUUAUGUGCAAGAAACUCGGAGAUCAUAUGUACAGCUUGUGACAAACACCAAGCUGCUCCUUUGAAAUCUUUUCUGACCCUAGGGAGUCUAUGAAGAGGAAAAUGGUAAUUAAUAAAUGAGGAGCCAUUUUGACUAUGGUAUCAACUAAGUCCUUUGGAAUUUUUAUUAUGAGUUCCGGCAUUGAACACUAUGCCCGAUUUGCGAUGUAUUACUAAAUCGGCUGUUACUGCUGUUGGUGCUUGUAAAUAUCGAGACAUCUUCCUGUUGAAGGAGGGAAAGAUUAGUAUGCUAAUAGAAGAGUAGAUAUGCUUCCAAAAUAAAUAGAGAACUGCCCAGUUUUCAGGCCUUGAAGUAAUAUUUUCAGUCCUCUUAUAUCCCCAGAAACAGACCUUUCAGGGCCAUUGACCAUUGUAGCUUAGAAACUAGGGAGAGCAUUCAUGGCAUUCAAGUCAUUUAAGAUGUGGCAUCCAUUUGCUACCAUUCAAAAGAGAAAUAGGGGAUGCCAAUCAAUCUUCCACCUGCAGCUGAAUCCUCUCACCUGAAGAAAGUCAGGGCACUUGACAAUCAACCCUUGUUUAUCCGAGGAUCAUUUUAAUGGUUAAUUAGAUUGAAGUAGCCAUUUGUGAAUUUCGACCUUCAAUGGAGAUUAUGGUA